GUCUACUUUUGGGUUUUUGAGGGUCGGAAGGAACCACGUCAGGAUCUCAUUGGGCGCACGCACACAAAAGUAAACGUAAUGAAUCUGAAGGGAUGAAGAGCAAAGGGUAGAAGCCAUGACUCUGCUCCAGCUUCCCCAUCCUUCAUCCUCCACUUUCAUAACCCUCCCAAAGUUUUCUCCCAGUCGAAGUAUACUCAAUCCCUUUUCGCGCCACAAAGCUUCAUGGCAAGAGCUCGCCGGCGUUUUGGUAUUCUCAGCGAUUCCAUUCACCGCCGUCAAAGCUAUUGCCAACAGUACCUUCGGCGAAACACUCCGUAAACGCUUGGAAGAGAAAAAGAAGGUAGCCGUAGAGAAUUCCGCAAAGUUCCAGGCACUCGCACAAAUGGCGAGAAACGAUAGUAUCUGGUAUGGAGAAGAUCGCCCCCGCUGGCUUGGUCCAAUUUCUUAUGACUACCCUACUUAUCUUACCGGGGAGCUACCGGGGGACUAUGCAUUUGACAUCUGGGGGUUGAGCAAGGAUCCCGUGGCCCUCCAGAAGUACUUUAAUUACGAAAUACUGCACGCCCGGUGGGCUAUGCUGGCUGCUCUUGGUGCUUUGAUUCCAGAACUGUUAAACCUGACAGGACUCUUUCAGUUUGUCGAACCUGUUUGGUGGCGUGUGGGCUAUUCAAAGCUUAAGGGAGAUACACUUGACUACCUAGGGAUCCCUGGACUCCAUUUAGCUGGAAGUCAAGGAGUCAUUGUCAUAGCCAUUUGCCAAGCCCUUUUGAUGGUUGGACCAGAAUACGCAAGGUAUUGUGGGAUUGAGGCUUUGGAACCCCUAGGGAUUUACCUGCCUGGUGAUAUCAAUUAUCCUGGAGGUGUUCUUUUUGAUCCACUGAAUCUCUCUGAAGAUCCAAUGGCUUUUGAAGAGCUAAAGGUGAAAGAAAUAAAAAAUGGCCGCCUUGCUAUGGUUGCCUGGUUAGGCUUUUAUGUCCAAGCGGCUCUUACAGGUAAAGGCCCUGUGCAAAAUCUUCUGGAGCAUAUUUCAGAUCCAUUUCAUAAUAACUUGCUCUCUCUUCUAAAUUCUCUGUAGAAAGUUCACUUACCCAAGUUGUGACAGUGGGGGUUAAUCCUAUACCCUCCAGCUAUAAUUGUUGUCUUAUUUGUAUUGUGACGCUGUUAUACAUGAGCUCCCUAGUUUAUCUAAACUCUCUUCUAAAAAUGACAUCGUAUGUUGAAAAGGGGAAAACAUUUUGCACCCAGAAGAGUAUUCGAGGUUGUCCAUAUCCAGCGCAAUUAACCUUAUAUGAUCUUGUUUGUAAUGGGAAUGUAGAAAAAACUCAAGUGCUGGAAUUAACCAUAUAGCUUGUAUUUAUGAUGCGAUGUAAAUGAUAGGGAAGAAAAUAUACUUCUUUUACAUGUUAUGUGGCACGCAUCCUUUUUGUAAUAUGUAGAAAUUUGCUCA